AUGACAGCAGCCAACAAUUAUAUCUGGGAAUACUUCGAAAGGAAUGGCAAGAACGCGACAUGCAGACAUUGUGGCCAAGUCUACGUGGGCUACAAUCACAAUCGGUUAAAGCAACAUCUGCUUAAUGUAAGUGGUCAUUUAUUUUGUCAGAGUGGGUAGAAGGUCAUUCAAGUUAUCAGAGCUGGCUAGAAAGUCGAGCUUUAGAAGUGGAAAGGGGUAGAAAUCAGGGGGAAGUUGAUGCCAAAGAGAAGUGCCGUUAAAAGGUCAGAGCUGUACCUUUCUAACGCUAUAAAUCAUUUUCAGAUCUGCAAGCACGUUCCAGCUGAAAUUCGCAACAAUUUUCUGCGUGAAACGGCCGCCGCCAUAACUUCGAUAAUAUUUGGUCAAAAAGAAGAUGCAGGUCGCGAACCUCCCCCAACAUUGGUCGAAGUCCCCUAUAUCACUAACCAGUUAUCAAAACAAGAAUAUCAAAGCCAAACCUUGCCAAUUAGUGUCGCUUCUUCUCAACCAAGCACGUCGAAGAAUUCUGGAAACGGCGACGUUAAACAAAAAGCUGAUGAAGUGCUGGCUAAGGUAAUAUUGUUGUUUUUGCUAAUUUAAAAGCUUUCUAAUCCUUAAUUGAUAUUAAAAAUGACACAAUUUAUACUUUUAUAAGACUUUUCUUCCCAGAAUUUGAAGUAUAGCUAACAAAUUUUGAUAGAAACUCUUCAAAAAUAGCCAGCCUUUCCGCCAAAAACUAAAACAAAGUCGCUUUCUUAACUUUCCAUUAAAAAACAAAACUUACCUUAUCCUUCCUUUCCAGGCCAUGUUAUCAUCAGGAGUACCCCUCGAAUUUGUUGAAAAUCCAAAAUUCAAGUCCUUCUUGAAGCUCCUGAACCCAUCGUACACCCCACCAGAUGCACAAGAACUGUUAACCCCAAAUGCUAUCAGAGAAGUAAAGAAAACGGGUAAACGCCUGAUUGACUCCGCCCAUCAUGUCACUAUCAAUUCAAUUAUACCUGGCCAGUUCAAUAUUACAGUAUAUUCAGAGGUGAAGCGGGAACUAGAAGACACGGAAAUGUUGUCGGAUUAUGACAGCGGCAGCCGGAAUGGAAGAUGA